AUGGCGGGUUUUUGGAAAUCCUUCGCGUCGGUGUCCCUGUUGGCCACCGGUCUCCCGACAUGGGUCCAGGGCGCUGCUGUCCAGUCCGUCGGUGCGCGUGUCUCAACCAGCAGUGGAUUGAUCGAGGGCCAUGCCGCCCCCGGGGAAUCCAGCGUUUCCGAGUAUCUGGGUAUUCCGUAUGCGCAGGCCCCCACGAAUGAUCUGCGUUUUGCUCCCCCAGUGGCGUAUGAAUCCAAAGCCACGAUUCAAGCAAAAGCCUAUAGCCCGGAUUGCCCCGCUACUAUCGGCACGACGCCCCUUGAUUUCCCUGGUUUCACUUCGCAGGCUGUGAAGAUCAUCAAGUCUUUCGCUCAACAGCUGGGCACCUCUCAGAGCGAGGACUGUCUGUAUUUGAACGUGUGGACGCAGCCCAAGACCUCGACCCCAAAGCCCGUUUUGGUUUUUAUUCACGGUGGUCGGUUCGCUGUCGGCGGUGCCAACAGUCCGUUCUACGAUGGACAGCACCUGGCUGCGAAUGAAGAUGUGGUUGUCGUGACCUUCAACUACCGAUUGAACAUUUUUGGAUUCUCGGGUGCUCCAGGACUGACUCAGAACGUGGCGCUUCUCGAUCAGCGGAUGGCCGUAGAAUGGGUUCAUGAGAACAUCGCUGCGUUCGGUGGAGAUCCAGAACACAUCACUAUCUUUGGACAGUCGGCUGGCGGUGCGUCUGUUGACUACUAUUCGUACAUCUGGACCGAGAAGCCGCUUGUCAGCGGUCUCAUCUCCCACUCGGGAACUGCGCUUAGCUUGAAGCCAAACACAGCCGAGGAGUCGGCCAGCUACUUUUAUCACGUCUCAAAGACCCUGGACUGCGGUGAUAGCAGCGACGAUGUCGAGGAAGUGGUGAAAUGUCUCCGUCAACAGUCAUACGGAGAUAUCCUGAAGGCCGUUGCCAAGGUCCCUGCCGCUUCGUCGCCAGCGCUCCCACAGCCUGUCUUCCAUCCGACCGUUGAUAACGUCACUGUGUUCGGUGACUAUGCUGAGAGGUCAGCGGCCGGGAAAUUUGCCAAACUGCCAUACCUGGUCAACAAUAACGACAACGAAGCCGGUUACUACCGCGUCAAUGCCUUCGCUGCCAGUCUGACUCUUACCGAUGAGGACUGGAAUCAGUUCAACCUGGCCGCCUUCACCUGCCCCAGCGAUCAAGCCGCCAAAGACCGUGCUGCCAACGGAGUCGCCGUUUGGCACUCACGCUAUUUCGGUGACUGGGACAACAUGCGCCUGUAUCCCACCAGCGGUGCUUACCACGGAGUCGAUAUACCCAUGGUGUUUGGCAAUUCUGCCGACAUCAGUGCGGUGUCUGCCUCCAAAGUGGAGCAAGAGUUUUCCCAGUACAUGGCCUCAGCGUGGGUAGCGUUUGCCCGUGAUCCUCAAAAGGGAUUGACCAAGUUCGGAUGGCCCCAGUAUGAUGCCAAGAAGAACACACUCAUUGGUCUUGCGCACAAGAACAGUGUGAAGGCCGAGUUCCUCAAUCCCUCCGACUUUCAAGAAGGCUGCGCCGCCCUAGACGGCGACACUACACCUGGAAAAGGUGCUUUUUAG